GGGACUCGAACCCGCGCUCCAGAGGCUGGCUGGGCGGGCUGUGGUUGAGGCACGGUGGCGGCGCGCCGUGACGUAGCGCCGCAGGGCCGACGUGGGAGCCAGCGCGGCGGACCGGAAGCGGGCGUGGCGCAGGAGCGACGCACUUCCGGCGGGGAGCUGGCGGCGGAACGGGAGCGGGGUCGCCGCGGCCGGAGGCGCUCGAUCGUCAGCGAUGUCUUUCAUCUUCGAGUGGAUCUACAACGGCUUCAGCAGCGUGCUGCAGUUCCUGGGGCUCUACAAGAAGUCUGGAAAACUCGUCUUCCUGGGCCUGGAUAAUGCGGGCAAAACCACACUGCUGCACAUGCUCAAGGACGACCGGCUGGGCCAGCACGUCCCCACACUGCACCCCACCUCAGAGGAGCUGACAAUUGCUGGAAUGACCUUCACCACUUUUGAUCUAGGUGGCCACGAGCAAGCCCGCCGGGUGUGGAAGAAUUACCUGCCUGCCAUCAAUGGGAUCGUCUUCUUGGUGGACUGUGCAGAUCACUCCCGGCUUAUGGAGUCCAAAGUUGAGCUUAAUGCGCUAAUGACAGAUGAAACAAUAUCCAAUGUGCCAAUCCUUAUCUUGGGCAACAAAAUUGACAGACCCGAGGCCAUCAGUGAGGAGAAACUGCGGGAGAUCUUCGGGCUUUACGGACAGACCACGGGGAAGGGAAACGUGCCACUGAAGGACCUGAACGCGCGCCCCAUGGAGGUGUUCAUGUGCAGCGUGCUGAAGAGGCAAGGCUACGGCGAGGGCUUCCGCUGGCUGUCGCAGUACAUUGACUGAUGCAGAGCGCGAUCCCGGACUGAUCCUGCUCGCAGCUCCCUAUGGACUGUCCUGUCGGGACACAGAAGGCUUCCCAACCCCAGAGCGGCGCGACCGUGGGACCUGGUGAGCGCCCAUCCUUGCACAGUGGUGACACAACUCCUUUCUUUGCCGCGGGGACGCGGUGUGGCUCCAUCCCUCGGGUGCCGCGGUUCCAGCAGCGACACGGCCGGCGGGAUCAGGACGUGGCACCGCUCCGUGCCGCUGGAAGGAGCGCGUCUCACCACUGUGACCAGCUGACUUCAAGAACAACGAGAAAGCAAUUCUAUUUUUUAAAGAAAGUGUUAAUGUAAACGGCGUCCCUUCUAACUCUUUAGUUUUAACAUUCAUCUUGUUUAGUCCAGAGUCUCUUUAGGGUUUUUUAAAAACAUAUUUAGACUUUUUGCAAAAUUACCAAACAAAGCAUCACGAUAUGGAAGUCCUCGAUGAGCAGCAGCCGGCUCCGGCACUCCGUGGGAUGCCCGCACUGUGCCACGCCGACACACAGCGAGGGUCUGGGACAGCACGUGUGGCACAGGGCUGCAGCACUGCCCGCCCUCGGAGUGCCACUGUGGGCCACAGGGCCGCCGGCAGCGGCUGCAGCAUGGAAGCGUUGGACGUUGGCAUAUCAUAAGGUUGUUAGUGUAGGCCGCAGCGGUUUCUUUUCUACUCGGUGGGUUUUUUGUCGAAGUUUCCUUGCUGUCUAGCUCACGUUGCGUUCAAUAAAGACGUGUCUUUUUGCUCUC